UAUGCCAACUGGGUGAAGAACAGGAUGGGCAGCAAGGGGCUUGGAGGCAAGAGCCCAUACUCCUUAUGGACAGGGAAGGUGCCGAAUGUUUCCAUGGCACGAGUGUGGGGGUGCAUGGCUCAGUAUAAGGUACCUGACCAGCAAAGGAGGAAGCUAGAUCCUAAGGCACAGUGGGGGAUUUUCCUUGGGGUUUCUAAGAGGAGCAAGGCUUGGGUGCUAUGGAGUGUAGCUGACCAGCGUGUGAUGGAGAGCCGUGAUGUGAUUUUCCAUGAGGGGCUGAAUUAUAAGGGGUGGAAGGAGCGUGGUGCAAGCCAUAGUGGGACUUCCAUUCAAGACCCUCAUACGGCCUCUAUCUUUGAGGGGGCAUGGGAGGACCCUGGAGAUGAAGGGGAGGAGCAGCACGAGGAGCCAGAACCAGCUGAUUCUAACCAUGAGGAGUCCCGAGAGACAGAUUCUACCCCUCAGCCAGCCACGCAGGCCGAUGCGCAUGAUGAUCAGCCGGAGCAGCAUGUGCCUUCAACUCCAUCGAGAAGCAGUUGGCAGCAGUUGUUGGACCAGCAGCUGUCCAAGACUCCAAGGACUCCAAUGAAGAGGGUGACUUGGGAGGAGAAGCUGCGGAGGCUGGAAGAAGGAGAGGCAACACCUCUGCGACGCAGUGCUCGAAUUUCCCAGCCACCUGAAAGGUUUACCCCGGGGCACAUUGCACGCAUGCAUGAUCAUCUUGUGUCUGAUUUGGAUGAUUGCAUGCUUGUGGACAUGCAUGGACAUGAGUAUGCUCUUGAUGUGUGUCUAAUGGGUCAGCUUGAUAUCCAUCAUAUGGACGUCAAGACAGCCUUCCUCCAUGGGGAUUUGGAAGAAGAGCUUUACAUGCGGCAGCCUCCUGGUUUUGAUGAUGGGUCUAACCGAGCCGCUAAGAGAGUGCUGAGGUACCUGAAAGGUGGUGUCAAGUCAGGUAUCUUCUUCCAAACACAGCCCCAAUAUCAGGUCCAGCUGGUUGGCUUCAGUGAUGCCGACUAUGCUGGAGAUUCCGCAAGUCGCAAGAGCCAUAGUGGGUAUGUGUUCUGCCUGAAUGGGGCAGCUAUCUCUUGGCAGAGCAAGAGGCAGCCCGUGGUGGCACUCUCUACCACUGAGAGUGAGUACAUAAGUCUGUGUCAUUGCAUUCAGGAGGGUGUGUGGCUGAGGCGUUUGUUUGGGGAGUUUGGCCAUGCUCAUGCUGGUGGUGUGCCUGUGUUUGUGGACAAUCAGUCUGCCAUUGCCCUUGCACAGAAUGCAUGCUUGCAUGGCCGCACCAAACACAUGCAGGUCCGGUGGCAUUUCAUUCGGGAGAUGGUGGCUGCGGGAGAGGUGAUUUUGCAGUGGUGCCCCACCAACCGUCAGGCUGCUGAUAUCCUUACCAAGUCUCUUCCAUUUGAGCGCCAUGGUGUGUGCAUGACCUUGCUCGGGAUGCAGCCCCAUGAUGACAGGGUUCCCGCAGCAGAUGCCGGCGUCUUGGUGCUCCUCUCCUUGGCGGACUCCAUGCUCUGGGUGGCCCCAACCCAUGGGCAAGGGGGAGUGGUGUGAAGUCUUUUGCCCUAUGGUGUUGAGCCAC